CGUGAUUCAAAAUGGCUACCAACUGACAGCAAGCAAAGUAUAACUAUAUGUGUAUUUGUGUAUGGAAUUUAUCUUUUUUAUGGAAAAGGAAUAUAUAUAUAUAUAUAUUCCAGUCAAAUUAUUUAUUCUUUUGUAAAUUAGAAAAUUAUAAUUAAAUAUGAGUGUCACGCUUCAUACUGACGUCGGUGAUAUUAAAAUAGAAUUGUUUUGCGAAAUGUGUCCUAAAACAUGUGAGAAUUUUCUAGCACUCUGUGCAAGUGACUAUUACAAUAAUUGUAUAUUUCAUCGUAAUAUUAAAAGUUUUAUGAUACAAACUGGUGAUCCUUUACAAACUGGAAAAGGUGGUAAUUCUAUUUGGAAUAGAAAAUUUGAAGAUGAAUUUAAAGAAGAAUUAAAACAUAAUACAAGAGGUCUUGUUUCAAUGGCUAAUAAUGGACCAAAUACAAAUGGAAGUCAAUUUUUUAUCACAUAUGGUCCACAACCACAUCUUGAUUUAAAAUACACUUUAUUUGGAAAAGUCAUCGAUGGAAUGGAUACAUUGGAUCAAUUAGAAAAACUUCCAGUAAAUCCGAAAAAUUAUAAACCACUAACGGAAACAAGAUUAAAUAGUGUUACGAUACACGCGAAUCCACUAGCUGGUUGAUUUAAAUUACACGAAAAAAAAAAUUAACUUUGUACCAAUGUAAAGUGCCUUUCCUUGAAAAAUUGGAUCUAUAACACCAGCUGAUCCAGCGGAAAUAGAAGUGACGGUACAAUUUGCCUCAACACCACCGUCAUCAUUUAACAUGCAUGUGUCAACAAUUUCAUUGUUUUUCAC